AACCUAACCUAGUGUGAAGUAUCAUCACUUGGUAAGAAAAGUAAAAAUUUUCAAAUUUUUUUUCUAAAAAACUACCAGUGCAUAAGUGUGACAUUUUUUUAAUAAUGUGGUUAACAGAAACCUUUUUAACAACAAAAAUGCGAAAUUACAACCAACAAAACUGUGAAGUUUUUACUUUUGGGCCCUGGAAGUACAGUAUAUCCCAUACCCGCCCCUGGAUGAGAGACGGGUUUAUGUGGGACUCAUCCUCCCCCACAUCCCGCCCACCCGCUCAGCCAAACUGGCUCAGCGGCUGCUCGGGAUGAGGGGGCGGCCCUACCCACUAAAAGUUUCGUGGGAUCCAGGUGACGUUUCCCCCGGCAGGGGUUCCUCCUCCUCCUGGCGGUCGGGGGGAUACCCGGGAGCACCCAAUGUAUCGUGCUGACGUUCUACAUGGUGUUCUACGCUGUGCUGACGCUGAUGUUCGCGGCCUGCAUGGGUGGCCUUUUCUUGACCCUGGACCCCAAGACUCCGUCAUACACCAUGUCCAAGUCGCUCAUAGGCAUAAACCCGGGCGUGGCCGCUCGCCCGCAUCCCAACUCUGGGCUGGCCAACAUCUACGACGCGGCCAACGAGACUGCAAUCAACAAAAUCGUGGAGAAGCUCGACGAAUUCUUGCAACCUUACCAGAAGGCAAAACUUAUAACAUCUGAAGACUGUACCAGGAAUGAGAAGUUUGGCUACCCGAACACUCCGUGCUUCUUCAUUAAGUUAAACAAGAUUAUAGGUUGGAUACCAGAAUGCUACAACGAUGCUGACAAUUUACCUGCAGAUAUGCCUAACGACCUUCAAGAUUACAUUAGGUCUCAAUCACCUAUGCUUAACCAAAUUUGGGUUUCCUGUUGGCAAGAGAAACAGAAUAAUACAGAGAUCGAAUAUCCUUGGAGUCGAGGAUUACCAGCGGACAAGUAUCCUUUUAUGAAUGAUGAAGGCUAUUUUAGUCCACUAGUGGCUGUGAAAGUGACUCCACCAGUUAAUGAGUUAGUCUACAUCCGAUGCCGUGUCUGGGCCAAGAAUGUGAUAUACAACAAGAGUAUGAAGGAGCCAUCAGGCUACAUACGUAUUCAACUACUCGUGCAAGAUGCACGAACGACGAUCAAGACAUCCACCGAAAAAUAAUCUGUUCGGUCCUCUAUAAAUUGUCUGUGAAAGUAAAAUAUUAUUGAUAAUGUUAGUUAUAAUAUUGGAAGUUUAUGCAAUAAGUAGGUAGUUAUUGGGAAUUCUAAUCACUUUUAUCUC